CCACGAUUCAACCACAUGAAUGACAUGCAACGCGUCGCCGUUGGACUCGACCCCACGGAAAAAAGGAGGCGCCACGAGUAUCAAGCAUGGGCGGCGCGACAGAACGUCGAGGGCUGCGUGAUGCACGACACCAAGGGAUCAUGGAACUCGGCCAACAACUCCGAAUGGACCUGCGGUCGCCUCGACCAGGUACCCCCAGAGCUGACGCAGGAAUACGCCCAUUUUCAAACCCUUCCGUACCCUGGUAUCUCGACCACCAAGGACGAGCUGCUGUGUUCUUUGAACGCACAAAGUACUUCCACCCCGCAACGAUCGCCUUUGCCGUCUUCAUUGUCCCCGGCCGACCAAGUGCUCCAAAUCUUCCUCGUCCACGCUCUGCAGAACCCGUGGGGACGCGGGUGGCGCAUCAAUUGGCAGCAAUUCAAAGGGUUGACGAAAUAUGCCAUGCUGCCGUCGUCGUCGGGUGGUUCGUCUCUUGCUUGGGACACUCAAAAGAUGCUGGCAUUCAAGGGUCAUGCCACGUGUUCAUUGGGUCUCACGUAUCCCGAGUGUUUGCUUGCGCUGGCCCAUCUCUUCACGACGACAGCGUCUGGGACCGAAUCCACCCUCGACCUUCCAUCGCUGCACUCGAUCGUCCUGGAAGCCACGGCCUCGUCGACCUCUUCGCUUCGCAACACCUUUCAACGGCUUGAAUUCUUGGACUCGUUCGCAACAACCAGCGCGACGACGACGUUGGUACCGUUUUCCAAGUCACUGCAUGCGCUCAUGGCUGCAUUCCGAGCCCCUGGCGCGCCUCCGAAUCGACUCUCGUUCGCCGAGUUUCGCGCGUUCGUCGCUGCCGUGCGGCUGAAAACCACAACGCAUGUCACCAGUCAGCAACUGGCGGCUAUCUUUGUCCACGAAUUUCGCGCCGACAUGGUGCACGACGCAGGCGAGCGAAUCAAGCCCUUUCACCACGUGCACGUCCCGAUCCAUCGUCUCAUGCGUGGUCUCGUUCACGUUGGGAUGUGUGGAGUCCCACGUUUCCUCGGCCUCGCGCCGCAUGUCGAUGCUGCUCUGCACGACCACGUGGUCCAACACCAUGCUCUCGGCCACGAAUACGCAGCCACGUGCACCAAGAUUGUCCUUCAAGCAAUCACCCAAGCACUGCAGCCCGUCGACAUUGACGUGAUCUGCUGCAGACUACCAGCAUCUUCGGCGCAUUCGUUCCGUCAAGCUGCUGCUUCGUUGCAUCGGACGUUCGUUACGCUGUUCCAAGCCGACGGCGGGAUCGAUUACGUGGCACGUUGUCGUGAGCUCGUCACCACCACAACACCCCUCCGUCGACGGCAGCAGCCACCACCGAGCAUGCCACCACCGUCGCCGUUUGGGGCUUCGACACCCGAUCUCGACGUCCAUCCCAUCGUGCCCCACCAGCCUCGGGCGCCGCAGCAUCCGCUGGAUGGGGCGGACGAUCUCCUCGAUGCAAUCGUUGUCGAAGUCACAGACAUGCACGGCCAAGUCGACAUUGAGUUUAUCGCAACGCAAUGGGCAGCCGCCGUCGACACGUACGAGCGCUUUGUGGCCACCGAAAUCUCGUCGGGCGACGACCACCGUCCAUUUCUGCUGCGGUAUGCCACCACAUUGACUGCAUUUGCCCAGCAAUUGUGGGUCCAUCGCGACGCCGCCGACAUAUUGGAGCUGGCAGUCGAAGCUGUGCGCAUCGGCAGCGUCACGUUUCACGCGUACUGGGCGAGUUUGUGCAUUGCAACGCACGACCACAAACGUGCGUCGGUACGCGACUUGACGAUCUUGACGUGCGUGCUACAGUGGGCGCGCUGCCUCCACCUCCACGGAGACUUUGCAUCGCACCAAACCCGCCACGCACCGGACACGCGCCUCGACUUUUCUCCAGGCCUAUCGUCGCCCACUACUCCGGUCGGUCAUGCAUCGACGACGCACACGAUUGAAUUGUGGAGUAUCGACCCGACUGCGUCGGCCGCCGAGUUUUACAACGCCGCGUGGCGGCGAUACGUCAUCGCGAUCGCGAUUCAUCCGACCGACGCAAACGUCGUCAACUGCGUCGUCGCGCAGGUGCAGUUGGCUUUGCACUUGCCAUCAGGAUGUGCGGCGGCCAAGGACGUAUUCCAUGACGCUCUCGACCGCCUGGCGUCGCUGGAGAUUGCCACGGACGACUCGCGCGCGCUGGAACGCCACAUCCGCGCGGUCCUGUUUGUGCGGCACGAAUUUUUGGGCCCGUCGACACCAUUCAAGAUCACGCCAUUCUAUGCGUACGUUGUCGCGGUCGUGUUUACACGAGUUUCAACGACACGGCGCGGCCUCUCGCCGUCCGAUUUGAAUCGCGUGAAUGCGCAAUGCGCACUGCCGCCGGUCGCGCAGUCCACGAUCGAGUGGCUCCAAGCUACGUUCGAGUGCACGGCCGAAGGACACCUCACCCAAGCAGGGCUCGCCCAGUACUUGAUCCACUUGGCGACCACAGAUCCGACCGAGUUCGACGUGGCGUUCCGGGCCUUGACCCGCGACCUCGACGACGCCCUACCACGCGCCCCUUCGCAGUGCUUUAGCGCGAUCCGACAGCACCAAGUACGACCGCCGCCCGCCGCCGUUCGACAACCCCGUCCGACGACAACUUUUCACCGCCGCCGGCCAUUGUCCCGGUUUCCACCGCUGGACCACUCGACCGACGCGAUCGCCGACUGCUUUGUCGUGCUUAGCGGCGUCGUCUUGCCCAUGACGCAGUCGCAACUCGACGCGUCGACCGCCGCCACCGACGUCCGCGUCGUCGUCCAAGUUACAGACACACUGUACCACCCGACCGUGACGUCGUUUUGCGUGCCAGACGCGAUCGCGACGUUUUUGUAUCCAGCGCCGACGACCGUCCUGACGGCCGCGCCGCCGCCGCGGUGGUUCGACACUGUCCUCACCGACAUCAACGGCACUCCAGUGUACGCGUCGACCUUGCAAUUUGCGCAUCCAACGGCGGCAUGUGCACUCCACAGCCUCGUUGUGGCCGACCUCCGUGGCGGCGACGCGACGGUAGCCCCAUCGUGGCUAGACACCGGCACGACGUACUUUGUUCCCAAGUGCCUGUGCUUUCUAUCGCGCCGCCCGGCCUACAAGACGUUGCAUCACGCGCUCCGCCAAGUGUACCGUUCGCAGCACCUCGAGUCGAAAGUGAUCGCCGCGUUUCUUCAAGUCCCGAUGCCCACGUCCAGCGCGGCCAAAACCGUGUGCACGAUCCACAGCCACACGUUUUUGGUGCACCAUCCGCAACCGUUUUCGCCCCACGACGUCGACUUUGCGCUUGUGUUUCAACGGCUCAGUCUCGACCACAUUGUCGAGGUACGAUGUCGAGAUGGAGCUCGCACCCACGCGGCGCAGGUGCUAGCGCUCGUCGUGUGCGAAAAGAAGGUGGCUGUCGCGGCCACAUGCGUCGCCAUGCUGACGCCGGUCCUCGAGACCCUGCGCGCGCUCGUCCAUCCAUAUUUUGUGAGCCAGGUCGUUUACAUCCCAGUCGUCCCCGAGCACUUGAGUGACUUUCUCUGCUCCCCCGUGCCGUUCGUCGUCGGGGUGUCUGCCCACCAGCUCCAGCAGGCCCAGCGCGACACCCUGGACGACGUGAUCUUUGUCAACCUCGACACCAACACGAUCUCGGCGCCCCCCCAAUGCCCCCUUCCUCGCGUCCCCGACCGCCCCAAGAAAAAGCUUGUCAAGGCGCUCGGUGCGCUCUGCGAACGUGCGGCAAUCGCCGUUCGGGAUGAAACGCGCCACGUCGACGACACCGAUCGACUGUAUGGACUCGUCGAGGAUUGCCCAGUGGCCACCGAUGACGUGGCAUGGCGGCACGAGCAGUGCGACGUGGCAGCGCACAUGGACGAUGUGUGGUCGGGACUGCAGGAGCUCGUGACCGGCUUCUUUCGGUCGCUUGUGCGCGACUGCAAAAAGUACUGCCGCGCGAGCCCGGCGCACCAAAUCCAGUUUGACUCCAAGGGGUAUCUGCGGGACUUUGGCUCGACGCGCGAGUUUUGCUCCCACUUUUUUGAGACCCAGCAGUUCCAGCAGUACAUCGCACGGGAAAUGGAGCCGGGCCAUGCACCGCCGAUCCAUCGACAGCUCAUCCAUCAACGGGCCGGCGACGCCAUGGGCAGAAUUGCCCGGCAACCCACGACGGGCACGUCGCGCUCGCGGCAGCCCCGCGACGCCAUUCAUUUUGUGGUGGCAAACAUCACCGACUAAUGGAGUGUUCUUUCGCACGUGUUUCC